AGUAGAAGAAGAAGAAAGGGAGGAGAGCUGGUGAUAUUUGUAAAGAUGGCGCUGGCUGAUGUGCUGAAGAGUGAGUGUGCGGAUUUUGAACAGUCUUUUCCAUUCGGCUGUGGCUUUAACGAUGCAGAUCUCGGCGUCGGUGAAGCUUCAGGAGAGCGUCUCAAUUUCGCACUGAGCCCUUUUGAAGGAGAAGAAGAUGGAAUUGAGAGAAAAAUUGAGUUUCUUCACGGAACAACUACUUUAGCGUUUAAAUUUCAGCACGGCGUCAUCGUGGCAGUGGACUCCCGGGCGACAGCUGGGUCGUACAUCGCGUCUCAGACAGUGAAGAAGGUCAUCGAGAUCAACCCGUAUCUGCUGGGCACCAUGGCAGGCGGAGCUGCUGACUGCAGUUUCUGGGAGCGUCUGCUGGCGAGGCAGUGCCGCAUCUACGAGCUGCGCAACAAGGAGCGCAUUUCAGUCGCGGCCGCCUCCAAACUGCUGGCUAACAUGGUGUACCAGUACAAAGGCAUGGGUCUGAGCAUGGGCACCAUGGUCUGCGGCUGGGACAAGAGGGGGCCAGGGCUCUACUACGUGGACUCGGAAGGGAACCGUGUGUGUGGCGAUAUGUUUGCUGUGGGUUCAGGUUCUAUGUACGCCUACGGAGUCCUCGACAGCGGCCACCGCACCGACCUGACCAUCGAGGAGGCCUGUGAUCUUGGCCGCCGCGCCAUCUACCAGGCCACCUUCCGUGACGCCUACAGCGGUGGCCAAGUCAACCUUUACCGCGUACACAGCGAGGGCUGGGAGAGGGUCUCUCAUGAUGACGUACUCAAGCUCCAUCAUCAGUACCAGAGUCAGAAGGCCUAGAGAGAUGAACAGGGUGGGAAUGACGGAAGGAAGUAAAACGUUCAGAGGGUUUCAGGGUGUAACAGAAGAGUACAGUUAAGAGAGCAAUGGCAUGACUAGGCACCCAAAGCCUGAUUUAGUGCAUUAUGGUAAUUUAUUUCUACUAACACAGCAGUUAAACUUGGAAAAAUUGUGCAGGUGAAUCAGAUAGGGAACGAGUUUGGACCCUGGGAAUGUAGAAGUUAUGCUACUUUUUGAAUUUGUGCUCUCUCUGUGUCACUGCACUGUAACCCAGUUACUACAGUCUCUUUUUUGUUUUGUUUUUUUGCAGUAUAUAGUUAUGUUAUUUGUUUAGUCAGUAGCUUAUUCACUUGCAUCCUACUGGCCAUAUUGAGCAUAAUUACUUCUCACUACAUACACAAUGUUAAGAACACUCACAAUAAACUGUGGAAUUGUUUUUGCUA